AUGGAAUUAUUUGUGAUAAACAGGCAUGAAGGAGAUGAAGCGAAAGAACCGGUCGAAACCGAAACCGAUGAACGUUUAAAAUUGGACAAUGUCUUAAAGAAAAUAGAAAAAAAUAAGAAAUUGCGGCAAAAACAGAAAGAGAAAAUACACAAAGCGAAAGAAGCGAAACGUAGAACGUUGGAAAACAGAGAAAUUAAACGAAGAAUUAAAUCUACAAUCGUUGCAGUUCCCGAAAACACCUCAAAUGAUUUCAUUGAUUCAAACAUUGAGAAACUUCUCGAGACUCAAAGUUCACAAAAUGAAGUUAAAGACAAUGAUAAACCUGAAAUUAAUUCACAAAAACUCGAAGGGUUCACCGUUUUGGGUACUCAAAAUUUCGCCAACAAACUUAAGGUGAAAAGAGUGCUUCCAUCCUGGCUCACAUCUCCUACUAUCAUAUCAGUUGAUCUACAAGACUUAAAAACUAAAAUAUCAGAUGUUAAGCAGCUGGAUAAAAGUUUGCGGAAACUACUAAAAUCGAACAACAUUAAACACUUUUUCCCAGUCCAAGCUGAAGUGAUUCCUUAUCUGCUGGACUCUUACAAACAUUCUGAUGUGCUAUUUCCUAGAGACAUUUGCGUUUCUGCACCAACCGGUAGCGGAAAAACCUUGGCUUAUGUACUACCUGUAGUGCAAGCUUUAAAAAAAUAUACAGUAAAGAAGAUCAGAGCUUUGGUUAUUGUGCCUACUCAAGAUUUGGCUACACAAGUUUCCAAAGCUUUUAAAACGUACAGUCAAAAUACCAGCAUAGAUGUUUGUUUGAUUACGGGUAACAAUUCGUUUGCUGUGGAACAAAGUCAGUUAGUCGUACAAAAUAAAUUAUUUGGUAUUGUAAGUAAAGCGGAUAUACUAGUUUGUACUGCAGGUAGAUUAGUCGAUCAUUUAAAACUAACGGAAGGUUUCGACUUGAAGCAUUUGGAGUUUCUGAUAAUCGAUGAAGCCGAUCGAGUCCUAGAAAAUAUGCAAAAUGAUUGGUUGUAUCAUUUAGAAAACCACAUUAAUCGGCAAGAAGUCGAUUCUCAAGCUGGGAAAAUGUUGAAUAUACAACAAUUGAGAAGACCCAGGCCGCCACAGAAACUCUUAUUUUCCGCUACACUUUCCCAAGAUCCAGAAAAGCUUCAGCAGCUCUCCUUAUUCCAGCCGAAAUUGUUUGCUUCGAUAGUGGAGAAUGAAAAUGAUCAAAAUGCCACUGACAAAGGGGCAUUAUUAAGCAAAUUUACGACUCCUAAGGAAUUGGUCGAACAAUAUGUAAUCACUGAUUUAGACGUGAAACCUUUGUGCUUGUACAAGCUGAUAAAACUGCAGAAAUUAAGGAAAUCGAUAGUUUUUACCCACUCCGUAGAAAGUUCGCAUAGAUUGGCCAUUCUAUUGAAAGCUUUGUUCAAAGACGAUUUGAAAAUCGAGGAGAUUUCCUCGAAUUUACAGGGAAAAGGUAGAACUAAACUAAUCGAUGGAUUCUCAAACGGUCUUGUUGAUUUAUUGGUUUGCACUGAUGCUUUAGCAAGAGGAAUCGAUUUGCCUAACGUAGAAUGUGUAAUAUCUUAUUCGGCUCCAAAAUACCUGAGAACAUACAUUCAUCGAGCGGGCAGGACUGCUCGAGCUGGCUCGACCGGUUCAGCUAUAACUUUGCUGAGUAAAACACAACUGGGCAAGUUCAAGUCGCUUUUAAAUCAGGCUAAUAAGACUGAUGUCAAUGAGUUGGUGAUUCCCGAGGAAGAUUUGGAACCAUUAGCUGAGAAAUAUCGAGAAUCAUUGCAAGAAUUGAAGACGGUGGUGGAAAAAGAGGAAAAGUUGGAUUUCGAAAAAACCGUUUCCGAAAAGAGGGCUGGAAAACUCAAAAGAAAGCGGCACAAUUCUGUGAACAGUUUAUAA